CAUUUGGAUAGAAUGGACGUGGCAAAGUGUUCCCCCUUGCUCCAAUUAUUCCUCGGAUUGGCUCUUCUGUUGGGCCUAUCCAAAUCCGAUCCGGAUCCGCUUCAAGAUUACUGUAUUGCAGAUAAUAAAAGCCCACAAUCUUUCUUUGCAGAUAGUACACCCUGCAUUGACCCAAAUCAAGCAAUGGCUUCCCACUUUGCCACGUCCAUUCUAUCCAAGCCCGGAAAUACAAGUCGCAAUCUUUUCGGGUCCAGUAGAACACUGGCCAACACUGUUAAUUUGCCUGGGCUCAACACUAUGGGCUUAACCAUGGCUCGACUCGACCUAGCGGCGGGUGGCAUCAUCCCGCCUCACGUUCACCCACGUGCUUCGGAAGUAACCAUUUGCCUCAAAGGUCCACUUACUGUGGGCUUUGUCGACACCUCCGACCGUCUAUAUAUGCAAGUAUUACAGCCCGGUGACUCAUUUGUCUUCCCUAAGGGUUUGAUCCAUUUUCUCUAUAAUGCAAACUCAAAGACCUCGGCACUGACCUUGUCUGGGUUGAAUAGCCAGAGCCCUGGUUUUCAACUAACAUCAGUAGCCACAUUUGCAUCCAAACCUGGAAUUCCUGAUGAGGUAUUGGAGAAGGCAUUUCAAAUUAAUGGCCAAGAUGUCAAAAGGAUUCGCAAGAACCUCGGAGAAGUUGACUAUGCUUGCUUAUGCAAAUAAGAUGCCUGCUCACAAUGUCAUAAUCUUUAUUUAUUUGGUUUUGCAAUGUAUUGAAAG